GUGAGGAAACAGAGAGCACGCAAAAGAACCAGAAGAGGAUAACAUCGCCGCGGCCGCCGAUGGCUCCUCCGCCCGCCGGCCCCGCUCUCCAACGCCCACCAAUCUUCCCCAUCCUCGCCGCCCCAUCCCGUAGAUUCUCUCGCCGCGCCCUCGCGACCGUUGUGGUGCAGCCGUCACCGAGGAGGAGAUGGCGCCUGCUCCCGGCCCGGUCGUCGCUGCCCUCCGAAGGAGCCCCGCCGGCCGAGCUGGUGGGAGAGGACUCCAAAUUCGUGCCGCUGAACGCCGAGGACCCCAUGUACGGACCCCCGGCACUGUUGCUCAUAGGAUUCGAGAAAGGCGAGACCGGCAAGAUUCAGGAGUUCCUGAAAGAGCUAGACGGUGAUUUCCUCAAGGUGAUUCAUUGUACAGAAGAAAUGACAAAACAAACGUUGUGGGAUGCCAUGCACACCGAGCAGCCUAAUGUAGAAGCUGUCAAGAUUGCAAAAUCACCGCAAAGAAUCUGCAUCUUCUCUGGUCUGACCGGCGAGGAGAUGAUGAUGUUCAUCAAUGCGUUCCCAGAAACAGGGUUGGAACCAGCUGCUUUCGCAGCCCUUGUUCCCAACAGCGCAGAGAAGGUUCUUGGUGAGGUCAUCGAAGAAAUAAUGGGUGAUCACGAGAUGCUGACAGGAAAGAUUAAUUCAGGACGAAGGUAAUCUCGAGUGGCAAUUCUGCUAAGCAGAAUGACAGGUUCUGAGAGAGAAUAUAUUCUGGCAGCACUGGUCAGACCCUGAAAUGAUCUCCUGAAAUUGGCAGCUCCAAGUGAUCUACCGGAUAGAUGUGAAUCCUUCAGUUGCCUCUUCUGAUAAAUACCGACCUUGCAGAAGUUGAGCCACUGUUCCAUACAUUUAGCUGCAAGAACGCACUGAAUUAGACGUGCUAUGAGGGCCCUUGUACUCUUACUCUUUUUGCCUUUGCUUCCCCCCUUAUUUCUCCUUGUAACUAUGUUGUUUAUUAAUACUCCCUCCGUUCCAUAAUUCUUCUCUCAAAUUUGUCCAAAUAUGAAUGUAUCUAUUCCUGAAAAGUGUCUAGAUACAUGUAAUAUUUCGACAAGAAUUAUGGAACGGAGUGAGUAUAUACUUAUACUGUCGGAGUUUUUUCUACAGUUUUACUGAAUUAGACGAGUGCACAAGUGAAACCGAGAUUGAUAUUUUUGCGAGCCUUUCCA